UUAGUCACUCAUCACAUCACAAUCCAAGCCACCUAAACCCCAAAUACUUAACCCCAAACAAAAAUGUUUGACUGGACCGGUAAGAAUGUUGUCUACGUGGGCAGCUUCAGCGGCAUUGGAUGGCAGAUGAUGAUGCAGCUGAUGCAGAAGGACAUCAAGAUGAUGGGCAUUAUGCAUCGCAUGGAGAACGUUGAGAUGAUGAAGAAGCUGCAGGCCAUUAAUCCGUCCGUGAAAGUGGUCUUCAUGCAAAUGAACCUCAUGGAAAGGAUGUCGAUCGACCAGGCGAUGAAGAAAAUGGGCCAAAUGAUGGGCCACAUUGAUGUGAUGAUCAAUGGCGAGGGUGUCCUGCUCGACAAGGAUGUGGAGACUACGAUGGGCAUGAAUCUGACUGGCAUGAUCCACUCGACCAUGAUGGCCAUGCCCUACAUGGACAAGACACAGAUGGGCAUGGGUGGCAUGGUGGUUAACAUGUCCUCUGUCUAUGGCCUGGAACCAGCGCCCGCAUUUGCCGUCUACGCCGCUGCCAUGCACGGCAUCCUCGGAUUCACCCGCUCCAUGGGCGACAAAAUGAUCUACCAGAAGACCGGCGUCAUGUUCAUGGCCAUGUGCCCCGGACUCACCAACAGCGAGAUGAUGAUGAACCUGCGCGACAACGUUACCUGGCACCACUCCGAGUCCAUGGUGGAGGCCAUCGAGAGCGCCAAGCGCCAAAUGCCCGAGGAGGCAGCCAUGCAAAUGAUCCACGCGAUGGAGAUGAUGAAGAACGGCAGCAUGUGGAUUGUCAACAUGGGCCACCUGAAGGAGGUUAUGCCCACGAUGCACUGGCAGAUGUAAAUGGCUUAGUUGAGCGAUUAUUAAAUGUGUGUGUUAUGUUUAAUCAUUUGAAAAAUAUAUGGAAAUAUUAGGCCUCGCA